UUUUCAGUUCUCAAAAUGAAAUGAAUAGUACAAUACAUCCGAAGAACCCAAGUGAAGAAAAGGUGUGGAAGGAAUUUGAAGAGAGCUCUUUGGAAGAAUAUGAGUACUCCGGCACCUUUUCAAAGGGUACACCAGCAAAUGUCAAAAUGUCUGUUCCUACAAGUCCAAUGACUCCCGACAAUUGCAACGAAUCCUCAAGUUAUACUUCAUUCAGAAAGCUCGCAUUGUACAAAGAAUAUUGUGAAAAUGAAAAAUGGACAACAGACUUGGAAAGAACACCGAGCCAAUUGGCAAGUUUGAACCUUCCAAGCUCUCCAUCUGAUUAUCGCAUUCGACAAAUUUCCUAUCAUGUCGAGGUCAUUCAAACUUUGUUGAUUCCCUCCAUACGAAAUGCUGACUCUUCUCACCUUACAUGGGUUGCACCACUGGGGUCCGGUGCUGUAGGUAUGGUGUUAUGCCCCAACGCUGUGGACAUUGCUGUGAAGGUAUCGAUCUAUGAAACUGGUUUUGAUCCAAAACACCUUCAUCCAAGCAAAGCAGAAGCACAAAUCAUGCGAAGAUUAUUUACCGUUCUAAGACUUGCAGAAAAAGAUCCUGUUAGUCCUCACGUAGCUAUCAUACUUGACGAUAUUUAUGGAGUUUCUCUCUCUUCUCUACAAAUUCCCAAACAUUUCUGGGAAUCUUCUCGAAGUGCAAAAGAGCUUCAGAAGUGGAUAGGUCGCAAUCGAAACUGCGAUCUUUCCAAUUGCUCUCUUCUAUUCUCAGAACGACUGGAAGGAGGAACUCUUUUUCGUUCGUUGUGCAGGUCGUCUCCUGAUGUGAAACGUCAGAGAAGUGUAGAUUUGGAAGAACUUUCCCAGGGACACUUGAAGACGCCAAAAGCCUUUUCACAAGUGCUUCAAGAGCUGGGCGUUUCUCCUGUCGACGGAAUAAGGACAGUAGCCUUUCAGGUUCUUUUCACUCUUGCAGUUAUAAAGGAGUUGAUACCUGAUUUUAAGCAUAAUGACUUGAGUUUGGCAAAUAUUAUGCUGCGAGCAACUCACGACUUUCCAGUGGACUUAUGGGAAAGUUCCAUAACCCAAGGAAGAGAAACCAGAAGCCAUUCAGAACAUAAUGCCAAGUUCUACACUGCACCUCUUCGAGUCUAUUUAUACAAAUAUCGUAAUGAAAAAUUCCUUGUGCCUGAUUUAGGGUUUCAACCUGCCAUUGCUGACUUUGACUUUGCUUGCAUUGGAAACGGCACCAGCCCAGAAGAUAUAACCAAUGCAAAAGUAGCCUUUUUUGAGUCAAGAAAGGUUUACGAAGAUUAUAACAUACAUUCUAAAAGAGAUGAUAUUUCGGAUGCACAAAUGUUCCUCAGCAACUUGAAAGAUGUUGCUUUGCAUAACUUGCAACGAGAAUUGAAAUCCAGAUCGUUGUUUUUGAAGGCUUCUCCAAACAAAGAAGAAUCUCUUAUGCUUGACUUUUUCCAGAGAAGAGUGCAUCCACAAUGCAACGACUCUCAAAAUAGGUCGUUGAGAGGGCGACUACCGCCCGGUCUUCACGAAACUUCUGAUUACUAUAGUCCAAAGGGCAUCUUGAAGGAUACUUUUUUCGACAACUUUCGAAAUAUGGCUGUUGAAUACGAAAAAAACCCUACAAAGUUCAAAUUGUUGGAGUCCUACGGAAUAGAAGUCCCUUGAGUUGUCUUGAUUGCUCUGGAAACCAAGAAAACUGAUUCUUUAUUAUUUCCAAUUGUGAAAUGAUUGCAGUUAAUAUUACAUAAAGAAGCAAAUGUUCAU